AUGAGUGGGGCGCUGGGCAGGUGGCCCCGGGGGGAGCAGCUCGCGACGAGCAGGUGUGGGGGGUGCUCGCUGCCGUUCCUGACGGACUCCGGUGGACGGCGGGCCUCUGGCUACAGCUCCGUGAGGCAGAGCUGUGCGGUCCCUAAAAGUAACCCCGAGCCUGAGCGGGUAACACCUCGGCCGGUCGGGGUCCCACCUGCCCCGCAGCACGGUCCCGUGAGCGUCCUCGCAGCCCUGAGGCGCCGCAGAGACCCCACGGGACGUGUCCGCGGGCGGCGCACAACUACGGGCUUGGGCGAGAGGCUCGGCCAUUUCCAGGAGGAGGACCUGGGGACGGGAACCCACACCGAGUGUCGCCAAGGGGGCUGCGGCCAGCUCGGGACGGAGCUCCGCAGAGACCGCCAGAGGGGCGAGGCCAGAGUCCGAGCAGCGUGCGCCCCCAGCAGGGCUGAGGCAGGAGCGCGCGCCCACCUGAGGAGACGGCCGCGCGCCACCCGACUCUCCGCCCCGCGGCCCUGUAGCGCUCUGCGUCACGAGGGGGCGGGCCGUGCGUUACGAGGGCGGGGCCAGAGUGUCUCCGCCCCGCGCGCCGAAGCCCCGCCCUCUGGCCGGAAAGGGGCGGGCUCGGCCGCUGAAGGUCCGGAGUUUCUCACUCUCGGCGGGACAGUCCGUCCGCCGGACGGUUCUCGGCCGCCGGGUGUUCGCCCUUUCGGUGCCUCCCCUGCCCUUGGGCGGACACGCGGGGUCGAGGCCCGGCGCACGGGUCGCCAUGAAAGGUUGCCGCCUGACGGACGCCGCAGCGGAGGGGCAGGCCGGCUGAGGGCCGCGCGGGCCGAGGCCUGUGGAGCUUCUGCAGCCCCGUCCCCGGGCCGCGCCGACGCCGCGUUGCCGGGCCCUGCCGCGGGCGGGCGCGCGGAUCCCCGGCGGGCCGCCUCCCCGCUCGGCGCCGGUGCGGGGCGCCCGGGCCCGCCCGCGGCCUCGGAGCUGCCGGCUGAGGGCGCGGCCUCGGCGGGCGGCCCCGGGGGCGGCGGCGCGGUGGGCGGUGUGGCCGAGGUGAGGCGCGGGCGCUGCGGCUGCCUCGGCGGCCCCUGCUGGUGCCGGAGCCUGGCGCUGGUGUGCGUGCUGGCCGCGCUGUGCCUGGCUUCCCUGGCGCUGGCCCGCCGCACCCUGCAGCACCUGCUGCUCUGGGCCGAGGACCUGGACCCGCUGUUGGGCGUCCUGCUCUUCGUCGUGGGCUUCGUCGUCGUCUCGUUCCCCUGCGGCUGGGGCUACAUCGUGCUCAACGUGGCCGCCGGCUACCUGUACGGCUUCGUGCUGGGCAUGGGGCUGAUGGUGGCGGGCGUCCUGCUCGGCACCGGCGUCGCCCACGUGGUCUGCAGGCGGCUACUGGCCGCGCGGGUGGCCGCCCGGAUCCAGGGCAGCGAGAGGCUGAGCGCCGUCAUCCGCGUCGUGGAGGGAGCAGGAGGCCUCAAAGUGGUCGCGCUGGCCAGACUGACCCCCAUUCCUUUCGGGCUUCAGAACGCAGUGUUCUCGAUGACAGAGCUCUCCCUGCCCAGCUACCUGAUGGCAUCUUCCGUGGGGUUGCUUCCCACCCAGCUUCUGAAUUCUUACUUGGGCACCACCCUGCGGACAAUGGAGGAUGUCAUUGCAGAGCAGAGUGUCAGUGGCUAUUUCGUGUUUUGUUUACAGGUCAUCAUCAGCAUAGGCCUCAUGUUCUAUGUGGUUCACCGAGCCCAGGUGGAGCUGAACGCAGCCAUCGCCGCCUGCGAAACAGAACUGAAAACCUCGCUGGCCAAGGGCAGCCAGGCAGACGCCUGCGGUGCUUCUCUCCACAGCAAGCGGACCCUGGCGCUGUCUGCAGGAGGGGUCAACACCGUGUGAGGGGCAAGAGCUCAGGGGCGGGAACCCCGCCAGCGUGGGCAGAGGCAUGUCUGCUUGUCCGGCGGCACAAACACCAACAACUGACUGGUUUUAAAUUGCACAGUUUUUCAAGCAAGAAUCAUUUUCUGGACAUGUUGAGUGCAGAUAUGGAUGCAGUUUGGGGGCAACCCUUCGUCCCUCAUCAUGCCCGUAAUGGCCUGUAGGUCUGCACUUUAGCGUUUCCUUGUCGUUUCCUUUCUGGACACUUCUGAACAGAGGAAUAACCCAAAUAUUUUUCUGCUUAGUGCUUUAUAAAGUCCAUGAAUAGUUGUGUGCAUCUUUCCUACUUAUAAAGAUGUGGAAAAGUAUGCAGUUUUAAAUGGAUACCAUUGGGCGUCCUUUGCUUUCCUCGUCUUUCUAGGAAGGAUCAACAGUGCUUUGGUUUGGUUUUAUUGUUCUAAGUAGGACCACUCUGCUUCCCUUUUCCUUACUAGUGAGGAAACAGACAUUAACUUCUGUUGAAUAUAAUUGUCGCAGGGCUAUUCAUACCUGUCCAUAUGCUUCAAUCCUACCUGGUGGGACUCAAGUGCUCUUAAGAUGCCUUUUAUUUCCACUGUGUCAUGCGUGCAAAAGGGAAGGGAUGUGGUGGGUGGUGGCUCCAGUUACAACUCCGGUUCUCAUUCUGUACCGUUCAGCGAAGGGCUGCCCACUGCAAUCUUACUGAAGCAUUUUAUUAAAAUACACUUUUUCUUUUAUAUUCAUUAGGCUUUGUCAUAAAAAUGUUAUUCCUUUAAAAUUGUGGGCUUACCAUCAUUGAAGAUGUCACUCAGGUGGCCUUAUCUGAUCAAAACGCCUUUUUAAAAAAACAAGCUUUAAAAUCAUGUUUAUAAUUCCAUUGAUGUACAUACGUACUUGUCCCCAGUUUUCAGCUUUAAAACUAAACGUGAUGUUCACGUAAUGCCCAGUUUGUGUUACUUCCCCUAUUAUGCAGUAGAUUUGUUUUCGGUACUUGUUUUUCUCUGAUAAGACUCAGGAAGGAAUACUGAAAUGUGAAAUUAGGCCUCUCAGUUCUUCCUGUGUAAGCAAGCAGGACUGGGUGGAUUUAUUAAUAGCACUUGUGAGGGCAGCACUCAGAAAUUUGGCAUGAUUCGUAUGACAUAUGUAUUCGUUUGUCACCGUCUACUUUUAAUAGUUUAAUUGUGAAUUGAACGAUGAGUACUUUCUUUACGACUGAGGUUACAGAUAGGAAUGCAGGUUUUCUGGUAGGCUUCUCAUUUUGGGCUAGACAGACUCCACCUUAUCAGAGACCGCAGCUUGCCUUUCCCUUAGGGUAAAACCUUUGCCCUGAUUAACUACAGUGCAAAAGAAUUCUUUGGAAGCAGGUUGUUCUAGUCUUAUGCUGGAGCUUGCGUUUGAUAAUUUUAAUGCUUACGGUUUUUCUCCUACUUCAGGUGUAAUUGUUUCCUUUCCUUCAGAAUCCAUAAGUUUUCUCCCCUUUGAAUAACAGUGAAGUUCGUAUAUCUAACGUUAA